UGUCUAUUCAUUCUUCCAUCCACUUUGUCGUACGCAAGUUGUCUAUCCAGCGGCGAGGUAUAAAUUGGUGGGGCAAGAGAUUUUGUCUAUUCAUUCUUCCAUCCACUUUGUCGUUCGUUAAACGCUAAUCAAUCGACUACUGCAAGAUGUCUGAAGGUGUUAAAGGAGCAGAGGCAAGCGCCGAGGCACAGACCAUUUCAUCCCAAGCGGAUCUCCAGUUCCCGGUUGGUCGCAUCCAUCGCUUAUUAAGACACGGACACUACGCCCAGCGCGUUGGUUCCGGCGCUCCGGUGUUCAUGGCGGCCGCGCUUGAGUGCGUGACCGUCAAGAUCCUCGAGCAGGCUGUUAACGCUGCACGCGACGACAAUGAGAAAAGGAUCACAACCCGUCACCUUCAACUGGCCGUCCGCAACGACGAGGAGUUGAACAAGCUGAUGUCCGGCAACAUUAUUGAACAGGACUCCGACUCCGAUUCCGACUCCAACAUCGAUUCCGAGCUUCUGCCUGAGAACACCGACGAGGACUCCGACUCCGACUCCGACAUCGAUUCCGAGCUUCUGCCUGAGAAGACCGACGAGGCCCAGUAGAUUCCCGACGGAGACCGAAACCCCGGCCAUUUUCAGGGCCACCCACAUCCUUUCGAAAGACCUGUAACGUAUUCUCAUCGAACUACAUAUUACAUCCACAUUGUUAUACACUGCAUCGAAAAAAAAAUAUGUCAGUUAGAUCAAGUCUGGAAAACGGUUACGGAAAACUGCUGAUCCCUAAUACUGUAUGUAAAAUCUUUAUAUGAUAUAUUUAUAUUGUUGUCCAGGCCUUUUCGCAUUGUCUCCUACAGGGCAGUACCAAACAUUUUACCCAAUGCACAGAUAUAUUUUUGGUGGUGAUGUCUUCCCGUACUAUUGUUACAUGAGAAUUAAACUUCCAUCUGAAUUCU